AGAGAGCUCCAUGGCUUCUCUCUGAUGGGUAGGCACAAUGUGAGUGCAGUGAUGUGCACAGCAGACUCUCAGAGCUGUGUGGGUGGUCAUUUCGCCUGGUGCCCACACAUGGCUGCUAAGCACACAGCUAUACAUAAUUCCACAAUGCAUAUUCUCAUUACAAGUUCUUAAGAGUGUUUCUUCAGUGCAUAAGAGCAUACCAGUAUGUCUGGUGAGAAGACUUGCAUAUAAGUUACAUUUAUCUAAGACUUAUUUUAUAGGCUUUGGUGGAAUUAGAUGGGUGAUUAUUUGUUGCAUUGUUAGAAAAGUUAUUUUUCUCCUCCUGAAUGUAGGUUUCCUUUUGUUUGAAUGUAUUUGAACUUGUUCAACUUGUUGCUUUCUGUGAUGCAUUUGAGUAGCCUACACAACUAACCUUGAGGGCUAGGUGGAGACACACCCUGUCCACUCAACCUCUUGACCUUACGGAUGAAAGGCAUAGCAGGUUUCACAGAAAUUCCACCAAAUGUAAUGACAUGCAACUAACCAUUCUCUCUAGCAGACUGAUGUUAAUUCAACACUACCUCGACAAUAUCAAGUGAGACGUCAAACAAAGCGAAAUGGAGACCGAUAACGUGCUAAAGCGGCAGUGGCUUCGAACGGAGAGCUAUGACCAGAAGCUGGAGCACCGGGCCGCGAAACACGAAUGCCUUCGUGAUCGCAACAAUGUCACGAGCUGCCGCAGCCCGGGCACUCCGCAAGAGUCCGAUUGGAAGAGAAACAUGAGGAGCAAAAGACAGAGGGAGUUCCAGAAGAGGAGGCAAAUUAGCAGCGACGCUGCACUCGUCUCUGGCGGGAAAGAAACGACUCAAAAAGAGAAAGUGACCCUGAGGGGGAACAGGCGGAAAGUGCCGUUAAUCCACAGACAGUCACUGGUGUCAUCACAGGAUUUGGGCAUCAUCUGGCCACACAUCAGUGCGUCUGCUGAGACAUCAUGGAUGUCACCAACAGGUACAGAGCAGGAACAUGACACAGGAAUGACGAGCGCUGUUCUUGACCUCACAUCCAGCACAGGCAGCUUUUUGGAAGGAGGGAUACCCCUGAGGAGUAGUGUGUGGACCAGUGAGGAAGCUCAAAACAACAAAAGGAGCAGACCUGUAGAUGUAAGCGACUUCAGCUGCCAGACAGAGUGUGGUUAUGUAACCAUAAAGGAGGAGGAUCUUUUUCAGCUAGGAGAGUAUUUAAAGGAGGCGCUGUGGAGAGAAGAGACCCUCAAGCAGAAGCUGACUCUUCUUCAGCAGGAAACCUCCACCUUACUGGCGUACUGUGACAAAAUGUGGAGGGCGUGCUUUAAGGAAGACUUGAUGAAAUGUCAAAUUGGUGCUCUUGAGUCUCAGCUAGAGGUGUGCUUCCAGAGGUUUUCUAAGGACGAAGGCAAGAGGCUGUUGAUGCUGAUGGAGGAGCAGUUCCGUCUGGAGGAGGAACGGACGGUGGCCAGCCUACAGAGGAUCACAGAGGAGAAAACACAGGCCCUGGACAGGGUCAUCAGCCUAGAGAGGGCGGUGGAGAGGGCCCAGGAGGAGUCGAACCACUUGAGGCAGCUCCAUGAGGAGCAGGGGUUGGUGUGUGCCCAGCUGAGGGUCUCCUUACAGCAGAGCUCUGACCAGACACUCGCACUGCAGAGCCAGAUGGAGAAAUCAGCCCUCCACGAAGCUCUCCUGCAGGAGCAGCUGCAGCAACUGCAGGAGCAGUGUGCCACCUUCCUGGAACAGGACCAACACAGUGUGCAUCAGAAGGAUACAAAAACUUCAAUAGCCCCACCGUCAGGCCACCACAGCACGACGCAAGCAUGUCAUCAUAAAGGAAGACCGAAUGCCAUGGUGGUACCGGAGUUGUCCACGACAGAUCACAACUGCCAGCCAGUGGUCAAAGCACCACAACAGGGGACGACUCGACACACAAGGGGGAUGAGGCGCCACUUCCUUCGGACUGGCUUGUGUCUCUUCCUUCUGGUCCUGUUCCUGGUUGCCAUGACGCUCUUAUGGUUCCACCAUCCAACGAACAAAGAGGAGCUGGAGAAGCUCUACCUGAUCAUGGAGAACUAUGCAGAGAGAUGCAUACAGGAAGUGACCUCACUAGAGUAUCCAAAGUGCUUUAAACCCAUUUGAUGGGAGGCCCAACUGAAGAAAAGCUAUGAAACUGAAAUUUUAUUUACUCAUGUUUGUACAGAUAGUUUCAGGUCAAAUAUUUUUUUAUAUAUAUAAUUAAACUAUUUAGUAAUAUUUGAAUGUUAAAGUGGAUUUGACUUCAGAGUAAU